AUGGACUGUGCCCUUCCCCCCAGCCCGGCUGCGCGGCAGGUGCCGCUGCUGGGUGAGGAGCAGCAGAAGCACUCGAGGUGCUCAGGGCACCAGCACCAUCCCCAGGAGCACAGCCCCAGCUCCCUGGGCCAGGGGCACCAGAGCAGCCGCUUGGAGCCCCUGGAAUGCCGGGAUCUGCUGGUCCAGAACGCGCUGUUUGUGGGGGACCUGGAGAUGGUGCAGAAAUACUUCACCAGGAGCGCAGCUGUCAACCUCAUCAUCGAGACCAGGGGUGAGGAGCUGCGCUGGACGAGCAGGAAGCGUGGCCUGUCCCUUCGUGCCAUGGACUGUGCCCUUCCCCCCAGCCCGGCUGCGCGGCAGGUGCUGCUGCUGGGUGAGGAGCAGCAGAAGCACUCGAGGUGCUCAGGGCACCAGCACCAUCCCCAGGAGCACAGCCCCAGCUCCCUGGGCCGGGGGCACCAGAGCAGCCGCUUGGAGCCCCUGGAAUGCCGGGAUCUGCUGGUCCAGAACGCGCUGUUUGUGGGGGACCUGGAGAUGGUGCAGAAAUACUUCACCAGGAGCGCAGCUGUCAACCUCAUCAUCGAGACCAGGGGUGAGGAGCUGCGCUGGACGAGCAGGAAGCGUGGACUGUGGUCUCUGAGUUACGAGCAGGAGCUCACCACGCCGCUGCUGAUCACGGCCAGCCGGGGCUACACCGAGUGCCUGCGGCUGCUGCUGCUGCGCGGGGCGGACCCGGAGCUGGCCCCGGGCGGCCGCUCGGCCCUGCACCAGGCCUGUGCCGCCGCCCGGCCCGCCUGCGCCCGCCUGCUGCUCGCCUUCGGGGCGGACCCCCAGGCUGGCUCCGAGGACGGCUACAAGCCCCUGCAUCUCUGCAAGAGCCCGGACUCCUUCGAGUGUGUGGAGCAGCUGCUGCAGCACGGAGCCAGCGUGAACAGCCGGACGGAGGAGGAGGGUGACACCGCCCUGCACAUCGCGGCGCGGCACGGAGCGCUGCACAACAUCCUGCAGGCAGCUGCCUACAAGCUGGAGCAGCACCCCGAGCUGGUAGUGCGAGCCCUGCUCAACCACGGCGCCGUCCGCAUCUGGCCCGGAGCGCUCCUGAAGGUGCUGCGGUGCUGCCACUCCUGCCCCCGCCUCAUCGAGGCCCUGAUCAACAGCUAUGACCGCGUGCGCGUCUCUGCCGACUGGGUGGGAGCGGUGCCAGCAGAGGUGGUGCAGAAAUACCCACGUUUCUACCAAUCCCUCUUCUCCCUGGAGCACAGACCUCGCUCCUUGCAGCACCUGGCCCGCUGCACGCUCAGGACCUUCCUGGAGGGACGGUUGCUUCUGGUCCUGCCUCAGCUGCACCUGCCAAGUGCCCUGCAUCGCUUCCUGCUGCUCGACUUCGAGGAUGUUCUCUACUGA